CCAACGUCCUCAUCAUCACCUCCACUCUCCCCUAUCUCUCUCUAAAACUAAAAAAAACAGAAGAAUCACAGAAGAUAUUAUUCUCCAGUCGAAUAACUAACUAUAUAACAUGUGUGCGUGCGUAUAAAUAGUCGAGUAUAUAUACAAGGAACUGCAGCAAAGAAGUUGGCGAUUGACAUUGCUUCGGUAGGAAUGAGGACCAAAGCUUCGGUGGUUGCAGAGAAGAGGAGAAAGGUCGGUAAUGGAGAACCGAAGUCACCGUUCAGUCAAAUUACGACGGAGAAGGAUACAGGCACUUCCGCUGGCGAUCACAACGUAGUGUCUUGUUUCUCAGUGAAUGGAUCAACAGAAGAAUUGGAAUUCACAGAUCUGAAGCAGGAUGAAUUUGAAACAACUGCGAGAUGUAAUUUGGACACAAGAGCAAGCAAACCGAGCACCGAAUUCAAAGCACCGGAGAUGCUCAAAUCAAAGCCGUCGUCAACGACAAUCAAUUGUCGCCGCCGUACAGUGCCAACGGCUGAGCUCGAAGAAUUUUUCACCGUGGCGGAGAAAGACCUCCAUAAACGCUUCAAAGACAAGUACAAUUUCGACAUUGUAAACGAGACGCCAUCAGAAGGUCGAUUCGAGUGGGUUCAACUGAAGCCAUGAAGAUGAUAAGAUGACGAUUGAAAAUUAUUACAUAAAAUUAAUUCGUAACAAAUUUAAGGUAGAAUUAAUGUGCAGUUUUUUUGUUAUUAUUGAGAGUCUGAACUCUGAAUUUCUGUACGGAAAAGCCAUUGAAAGACAAAAUGAGGAAGAAGAGUAGUACGUACAUUGACAUUGUUGUACUUUUAUCUGCAAUUCCUUCUGCUUCUGAUCAUACGAACAAAAAAUUAUCACAUCGCUGAUUACAAGCUAGGUUUUUUUUCAUCUCAUCUUGUUUAAUUUCGAUAUUUAACUUCUGGUUUUAGAGUCGAAUGCUAGAAAUUAAUCAUGGUAGUCGCCGGAGUUGGUACCGGCGGUGAGAUAACCGGAGUUUGGGGUCGGAAUUUGGGAAAGACAAAUGCAAAUUACACCGACGGCUACGGACACGUGUGAAAAAACAUUCUAUUGGGAUGAGCAUUUGAUGGAAAACAAUGAUUGUAUGGAUGUCAUUAGCUCAUAUAUUGAGAGGAUAUAUUUUUCUUUUAUAAGUUAUUUGGUUUUGAGUAAAGUUGAUUUUUGUUA